AUGUUGAAUGAUAUUGAGACAAUGAAUCUAUUGAAGUUCACUUCCUCCGAGGAAAUGACAAUCUCGAUGGAUAGCAACAAGGAGGUAGGCGGUGAGGAUAAAGUAGAACUUCAAUUUCCAGGAGGAUCAAAAUAUAUUGGUUCCAUGCGUAAUGGUUGCCUAUCAGGGUAUGGGACUUAUUAUUAUGCAUCCACUGGAGACAAGUAUGAUGGACAUUGGAAGGCAGGAAUGAAGCAUGGUUGUGGCACAUAUUACUACGCAAGUGGUGAUCGCUAUGUGGGUAGUUGGUACAUGGGAAAGAAGCAUUACCGUGGAAUUUACACAUUUUCCAACGGCGACGAAUACAAUGGAUUUUGGAAAUAUGAUAAGAUUCAUGGAUAUGGUGUAUUUACUAUUCAGAGUAAUGGAAACCGCUACGAAGGCCACUGGAAGGAGACCUAUCGUCAUGGUCACGGUGUAUUUUAUCACGGCAAUGGGGAUGUUUAUGAUGGAAAUUGGGUUCGAGGCAAGGAAGAGGGUCUUGGUAUUCUAAUAAAAGGCACCGGCAAUGCCUAUUGUGGCGAGUGGAAAAAUGGCGAAAUGGAUGGUAAAGGUGUUCUGAGAGAUCAACAAUUUCUUUUUGCGGUUGAAUACGCAAAGGGUCAUCUUGUUUCACAGGUUCCAAUAGUGGAGGGCAAGAAGUUGCAAGAAGAAUGGUCUAGGGCUUACGAUCACUAUGUGACUUUUAUGGGGAAAUACCAACGACACGGUGACAAGGAUGCUAUCGAGAAGGAUGAAUUGCGACGUGCUCUUGAGAAAUUGAAAAUCGAAUCUGCUACGUGGCAGAGGCGUUACGAGGAACUACGUGGUGAACGCUCAACAGCGAGGCGACGCUCAUCCAGCGUUCCUGGUGAUGAAGGGAAGCGAUUGCUUUUACCGAAUAUUCUCAAAGUCCCUAGCGUGAAGGCGAAGCUAAGGCCAGGCGUUGCCGCUGAAGGAGCGACGCGGGUAAGUUCUCUCACCCGUGCCUCCUUUAAGAUUGCUGAUGAGGCGCCGGCUACUCCGGGAAUGACAAAUGUUAGGAGGAAAGAAAUCUCCCCCGUGCUACCAAAAGCCGAUCUUGAUGGUGUGGAUUGUAAUGGGAAAGAGGUGAGGCAUGUAGGGGUGAAGAAGGGCUGUCGAGCGACAAGCUCACGGAGCUCCGAGAGUGCAACGCCAAAAAAACGUAAUGUGGAAUUGACGGAAAAGGAUAGAGAACUUGAUGUUGAGCACCACACGACCAUGGCAUGGGAGAAGGACCAACUGAAGAGAACCAUCCCCUCUAAUCUUGUGAAACAGGAGGAAGCGGGACAACAGUGUGCAGAGGCUACGGUUUCGGAGGGAGAAGCUUCAGGAGAGGCUACGAAUUUCCGUGAUUUUGGGCAGCAGUUUGAGACAACAGUCGCUGAGAGGACCAGGUAUGAUGACAGCUGCGGUCCUGAAAAAAAUCAAGCCCAAAGUGUUGGGAAUCUCAAUAAAAGACUUGAAGAAGUGAACAGGAUGAAUGCCGAGCUAAACCUUUGUUGUGAUGCUCUAGGAAGAAAAUUAAAUGAACAACGCGACCGAUACCAGAAACUUGUUAAUAAAACAACCGCGACUGGCGAUGGCGAGCUGUUAGAAGUUCUUAAAACGGAUAUUCAGAGACUUGAAAGUCAGCUGAAAAACGCAGAAGAAGAGCUACGGACGCAAAAGGCGGAGAUCGACUCUCGCGGCACUCGCUGCAUAGAGCUUGAGUCAAUGUUGCUAAACAUUGCACGAAAAAGGACCACCGAUCCGAGUAUUUUGCACUCUUUGAGCAAAAAGAUGGACCUUGCGCGGUCACUGCAAGAGUCAAACGCCGAGUUGGCUCGUUUAUUAGAAGAGAGUAAUAUGAAACUUGAGAUAAUCAUGUCAGAGAAUAAGAAUGCAGAGGGGCAACGGCACUCCGCUGAGGACUCCGCCUCGGCUCUCGGAGAAGAGCUGAGGCGUGUUCGCAAGGAGUUGAGGAAGGAGCAACACAAAUCCAAGAGGAUUUUGGCUGACAGGGAGACCGUGGUGGCGGAGCUCCACGAUGCAGAUAUAAAGCUGGUAGGAGCAGAGUGUGCUCUAAAGGCUCUGCAAGGGUAUUUAACUAUUACAAUUAGGGUACAUGGAUGCAAGGAAGGCUAUUCCGUUCCUUGCAUACGCAUCAACGAAAGGGACUCCUCACAGAUUGUUUUUAGUGAGGAGAGUACGACCCAGAUGCACCAAUUUGAUAUCUGUAUUGAUGAAGAAACCUCUUUGGAUGUCAUUUUCCGCGAGGUGUGUCGCAACAUGUUCACCGUCACUAUGGGGUUCCAUGUGGCCUACGUUACUCUAGGUGCGAUUUACACUGGCAAGACAGUCAUUUUUGAUACAUUUGUUCCAUUAGCCAUAAACACCCUUUGUAAUCACUCUCAACGAUUCCCCGUGGACAAGUACGCUUUGACAUACAAGGUGGGUGCUUUGGCGAUUGGUGCCUGUGAGGCGAUUGACUGUGAGACGGGCUCCACCGUGACUGAGAUUCGACGCGAUGCCUACGGUUUCACUGUUCCUAUAGGUGUAACAUUUGUCGAGACGACUGGCGCCGAUAUUCUUUCCACCGUGGAAAGGUUAAGAAAACGAAAGCCGCGUGAUCUUCGUUGUCACAUAUGGAUUCAGAUUCAGUGUGUGAUUCUUCACAGAGUGCGACAGACGUCCACAGUGGGACGUCUGACACUCGUCGAUUUGUGUGGUCCCGGGCCCCUUCCUACACAGAAGGAGGCUGUGGCCAGUGCUCGGUUUGCGAACCGUUCUUUUGGACAUAUUGUCGCGGUGCUGGAAUCUCUCCAGGACUCACAAGGUGUAGUGCAGUACAACAAAUCCCUGGAGACUGCUCUACUCUCUGAUGUCCUUGGUGGGAAUGCACUGACUACCAUUUUUGGUACCCUUUCUUCUGCAGUGGAAAGCGUUAGCGAGAGCCGCCAGACGUUGCGGGCCCUGACCAUGGCGUCGAAGGUGGUGAACCGUCCUAUAUUGCCGCGCUUUGUCAGCAGCGACGAACUCCGGUGGCGGGAAGUAGUUGCUGCAACAAGUUCUGCAGAGGUGGCGUCGCCAUGUCUAUUGGAAGUAGAUGAAUUGCGAGACAUGUAG